ACCUCACUAGUGAGGUGUGUCAACAUCAGAUACAUUAGUUUCAGGACAACAGAGAAUAUAUAUAUAUAUAUAUAUGUAAAUAUAAAUAUAUACACCCUCCAGUCCCGGACAUAUAUACAUUAUAUUAUAUAUACAUAUUGGUCGUUGUUUAUAUCCAGCCACAAUUAAAAAGGAAAGCCUUCACAAUUGUCCAAGAUGUGGAAAGCUGCUGCCGGUACAAACAUUAAGUUUGAGGGGAAAAACGAUGACGCUGACGACGACUGGGAAACCGAUCCGGACUUUGUGAAUGACGUGAGUGAGAAGGACCAGCGAUGGGGAUCGAAAACAGUCGCAGGAUCAGGUCACAUGGCCUCCAUCAGCUUGAACACUUUGAGAGAGGGAGUUGCCCAGGAUCAUGCCUCUCACAAGAAGAAAGAAUUUGAAGCUGGGCCUCAAGCUUCUUAUGGCUAUGGGGGUAAAUUUGGGGUCCAGAAAGAUCGAAUGGACAAAUCUGCUUUGGGUCAUGAACACCAAGAAAAACUUUCUGUGCACAACAGCCAAAAGGAUUUCUCGAAGGGAUUUGGAGGUAAAUUUGGGGUUCAGAAAGACCACCAAGACAAGGAUGCGUGCGCUGUUGGCUACGACUAUGAAGGCAAAGUCGAAAAACAUCAAUCGCAGACAGAUUAUUCUCAAGGAUUUGGUGGGAAAUAUGGCGUUCAGUCUGAGAGUAUGGACAAAUCUGCUGUCGGAUGGGAUCACCAGGAGAAUUUAGGGAAGCAUGAGUCACAGAAAGAUUACAGUAAAGGUUUCGGUGGAAAAUUUGGUGUGCAGAAGGACAGGCAGGACAGUUCGGCUGUUGGCUGGGAGUACGAAGGAAAAGUUCAGAAACACGAGUCUCAGACAGAUUAUUCAAAAGGAUUCGGCGGUAAAUUUGGUUUGCAAAAAGAUCGCCAGGAUUCAUGUGCUGUUGGAUAUGAAUACGAAGGCAAAAUCGAAAAGCACCAAUCGCAGACAGACUAUUCACAUGGAUUUGGUGGAAAGUUCGGUGUCCAGAAAGAUCGUCGAGACAAAGCAGCCUUGAGUUACGAAGACGAGACGAAGACUGAGCUGCAUCCUUCCCAAGUCGACAUGAACAAAGGAUUCGGAGGCAAGUUUGGCAUCCAAGACACCAUGGAUAAAAAUGCCCUCAGCUACGAUGCUGAGUGCAAGACUGAACUCCAUUCAUCUCAGAUUGAUAUGAAAAAAGGCUUUGGCGGCAAAUACGGUGUGCAGGAUGUCAAAGACAAGUCUGCGCUUAGCUAUGAGGAUGAUACUAAAACAGAACUUCAUUCUUCUCAAAUUGAUAUGAAGAAAGGCUUUGGUGGUAAAUUUGGAAUCGACAAUACGAAGGAUAAGUCUGCUGGAGGCUAUGAAGACAUGAAAGGAACUGUUGGCACCAACUAUAAAAAACCUUCAGCAGAAACCAGUUCGGUUGGAGCAAGAAAUUUGCGAAAUAGGUUUGAAAAUUUUGCCAAAAAUUCUGAAGAAGAUGCUGCAAAGAAAGCACAAGAAGAACGACAGAAACGGCUGGAAUUUGAAAGAAAAGAACAUGCAGAACAAACGAAGAUCUACGAAGAGAAAAUGGAAAAGGAAAGAUGGGAGGCUGAAAACGAACCGGAAAAGGAGGAAGACGAAGAAGAAGAGGUUCAACCAAGGAAGACGUUCGUCCCACCACAGUCCAAAUGCUACGUCCCCAACGAAGAGAUCACGGCUUUCAAAAGGGAUUCGUACCUGAGGCAGGGGUCACGGGAGGACCCUCCGAAAUCCGCCGCCGUUUCUGCUCCCACAUCUGCCCCGAGGGACAGAGAGCGAGUAGAAGCAAGGCGGGAACCCGAGGAGGAAGAGGAGGAGGAGGAGGAAGAGGUAAGGGUUGAGGCAAAAGAGGAAAAGGAGGAGGAGGAAGUGCAGAGGUUUGAGGAUGAUGAUGGUGAGCUGUACGAGAACCCAGAAGAUAUAAUUUCUUCACCAGAAGACCAGCAAGCUGGACCAGUGCAGCCUGAAGGAGAAAACCUAACUGCCAUUGCUCUUUAUGACUAUGAAGCUGCUGAUGAUGAUGAAUUAUCGUUCCAACCCGAAGAUAUUAUCACUGCUGUUGACAGGGUAAGGGGUUUCUUUGUGGAAUUUUCAUUAUGUCUUGGAAAUUUCUCAGAUAAAAAAAAAAACCAAUCUGCACAGAUUAAACCCAUAUAACAAGGGCUGACUAUU